AUGGCCCCAAGCAUCCAACGACAGCACCUCAAUUUCACCUAUAUGGGACUCUUUGCCAAUAUUGGGAUGGCAACCGCGAAAAUCACCGGCGGAUGGCUACUGCAUAGUCAAACACUCAAAGCUGAUGAUCUGCGUUCGUUGGCCGAUUCGAUCACCGACCUCACUGCAAUGGGCGUUCUGUUUCUAGACUCAACCAAUUCUUCAUUGGAAAUUGGUGGUACUCGAAUAAAGACAGAGAACAUCGGUGCUGUCACCAUCGGGCUCAUAGUUCUUAUUGGGGGGGUCCUUAUUGAAAAAGAAGCCAUAACACCCAGCCCCACGUCCUGUGGCUCGGUCAACCGCGCACCAUCGACUCGCUUCUUUUUCGGACGCUCUAUCACUUGUUUCUAUAGUCACGGGAUAUCUCUAUCCUAG